AUGGCCGAUAUCUUGUACCAAUCCCUCCUAAUCUCGGCCGUCGCCGUGGUGCUACUCCACAUCCUUAGGCUCUCUCUGCAGCCCAAGGUGAGGAACCCGCCAGGUCCAUGGAAGCUGCGGGUCAUCGGCAGCAUGCACCACCUCGUGAACGUGCUCCCGCACCGUGCCCUCAGGGCUCUCGCCAGCAUACACGGCCCACUCAUGAUGCUCCAGCUCGGGGAGACCCGUCUCGUUGUCGUGUCGUCAAGGGAGAUGGCCCGCGAGGUGCUCAGGACGCACGACGCCAACUUCGCCACCCGCCCCAGGCUCCUCACCGGUGAGCUGCUGGUCUACGACUGCUCUGUGUGA